AUGGACCCACUUGAUCAGUCUGUCUUAAUUGCUAUUUUGGUGGCCCUUAUUGCUUAUUUUACGAAAGGUAAACUUUGGGGUGGUGAUGCCACAAACGAUGCCAUUGAAAAGAUGGGUUCCUUUGGUGGCAAUACGAGUGAUCUAGUAGCAACCAUGAAGAAGAACGGCAAAAAGGCUGUUGUUUUCUACGGUUCCCAAACAGGUACGGCAGAAGAUUAUGCUCUGAAAUUUGCCAAAGAGUUCCAAUCUAAGUUCAAAGUCCCUACAAUGACUGCAGACUUGGCUGAUGUUUCAUUUGAAAACUUCGAGAAUAUCCAAAAAGAGAUUCCUGACUUUAAGUUGGCUGCAUUUUUCAUGGCCACAUAUGGUGAAGGUGAACCAACCGAUAACGCCGUGGAAUUUUUUGACUACCUUGAGAAUGAAUGUGAAAAUUUAGAUUCUCUCAAGUUUGUCUGUUUUGGUUUAGGUAAUUCAACCUACGAGUUUUACAAUGCAAUUGGAAAGAAAACUGCAUCAAAAUUGGCAGAAAAAGGUGCUGAAUUAGUGGGUGAGUUGGGGUUAGGAGAUGAUGGUAAAGGUACUAUGGAUGAAGAUUACCUUUCUUGGAAGGAACAAUUAUUUGACGUUGUGAAGGCUACGUUUCAUUUAGAUGAACAAGCAGUUAAAUAUGAACCAUCCAUCCAAACUACAGAAAGUUCUGAUCUCGACAUUUCUUCUUCAACCGUUUCGUUAGGUGAACCGAACUCAAGUUAUGUAAAUCCUGUUACAGAUGAAGACAAGAAUUCACUUAGGUUUGGCCCAUUUAACCACACACAUCCAUAUUUGGCACCUAUAAUUAACACGAAAGAGCUAUUCAAUUCCAAGGAUAGGCACUGUAUUCAUGCGGAAUUCGACCUGUCAGACACAAAUUUGAAAUACUCUACUGGUGAUCACGUUGCCAUCUGGCCAUCAAACUCCAACCAAAAGGUCUCGAAGUUCCUAGAUAUACUAGGACUUGAGAAAAAGAAGGAUCAAGUUAUUGAACUGAAAUCAUUAGACCCUACUGUCCAUUUACCAUUUCCAUCCCCAACCACUUACGACGCUGUUUUAAGACACUACUUAGAGAUUUCAGGUCCAGUUUCGAGACAAUUUGUCAAAUCUAUCUCCCAAUUUUGUCCUAAUGAAAAGACCAAACAUGCCCUAUUAGAGAUUUCUGAUGAUAAGGAUUUGUUCAACAAGUCUGUCACCAAUAAAUAUCUUAAUAUUGCAGACUGUUUAGCAAUGUUAAGUGAAGGUGAACCGUGGAAAGAUGUUCCAUUUUCUUUUAUCAUUGAGUCGGUAGCAAAAUUACAACCCCGUUACUACUCGAUUUCUUCAUCUUCAUCUAUGGAAAAGCAAAAAAUUCAUAUUACUGCAGUUGUUGAACAAGAAAAACCAGAAGGAUGUGACCACUAUGUUACCGGUGUUGCCACCAACUUGUUGCUGAACAUUAAGAAAGAGCAACAUAAAGAUAAAGACUUGGAAUUAAUUGAAACCUAUGACCUGGAAGGUCCAAGAAAUAAGUUCCACAGUAAACUUCCGAUUCAUAUCAGAAGAUCUACUUUCAAAUUGCCUUCCAACCCAGCUACCCCUGUCAUUAUGGUAGGACCGGGUACAGGUGCUGCACCAUUCAGGGGGUUCAUAAGAGAGAAAGUCAAACAAGUUGAAAAUGGCAAUAAGGUGGGCGACAUUCUUUUCUUCUUUGGCUGCAGAAAUUCAACCGAAGACUUCAUCUACAAGGAAGAAUGGACUGAAUACUCUAAGAAGCUGGACAGCAAGUUUAGUAUGGUCACAGCAUUCUCCAGAGAAACGGAGAAAAAAGUUUAUGUUCAGGACAAAAUCUUAGAAAAUUCUGCCAGAGUAGUACAGCUAUUAGAUCAAGGCGCAUUUCUUUAUGUCUGUGGUGAUGCUUCAAACAUGGCAAAAGGUGUCCAACAAACCUUGGUCAAAGUCUAUCAGACCGAAAAGAAAGUUACUGAAGAAAUUGCAACUAACAUGAUCAAGCAAUUGAGGGUUAAUAAUAGAUAUCAAGAAGAUGUUUGGUAG